GUAUCUUUCAGAUGAAGGAAUUGAAGCUUGUUUAAGUUCAUCUGAAAAAGUUAAUACAAAUGAUAUUAUCCUGGUUGCCCUUAAUACAGAUUUAAGAACGAUUGGCAAGAAAUUCCUCCCCAGUGACAUCAAUGGUGGAAAGGUGGAAAAGCUGGAAGGGCCAUGUGUCCUGCAAAUACAGAAAAUUCGCAAUGUUGCUGCACCAAAGGAUAAUGAAGAAUCUCAGGCUGCUCCCAGAAUGUUACGUUUACAGAUGACUGAUGGACACACAAGCUGCACAGCUAUAGAAUACAGUAGCAUGUCAAAAAUAAGCCUGAACACUCCACCUGGAACAAAAAUUAAGCUUUCAGGAAUUGUUGAAGUGAGAAAUGGAUUCUUGCUGUUGGAUGACAGUAACACGGCAGUUCUUGGAGGUGAAGUGGAGCAUCUUAUAGAAAAGUGGGAAUUACAAAGGAGUUUGGCAAAACACAAUAGGAGUAACAUUGGAACAGAAGGUGGCCCUCCUCCCUUUGUGCCUUUUGGGCAGAAAUGUGCAUCUUAUGUGCAAGUGGAUAGCAGAGACCUUGAUCGCAGAAAGACUCUGCAAAUGACAAAUACUGUGAAAACUGUUGCAGACAAUGAUGAAUUUGAAAAGCAGAGAACAGCUGCUAUUGCAGAAGUAGCAAAGAGCAAAGAGACCAAGACAUUUGGAGGAGGUGGUGGUAGUAGCAGAAGCAAUCUCAGUGUGAGUGCUGGAGGGAAUCGAAACAGGGAACUCUUCCAGAAAGAGAAGAUGGCAAAACCAGAGGGGAAAAAUGAAGGUGUCUACCGGGAACUGGUUGAUGAAAAGGCUCUAAAACACAUAACAGAGAUGGGUUUUAGCAAAGAAGCAGCAAGACAGGCACUUAUGGAUAACAGUAACAGCCUAGAGGCAGCAUUAAAUUUUCUUCUGAACAACAAUAAACAGAAACCCAUUCAGGGACCACCCCCUAGAGGUAAGGGGAAGGGCCGAGGCCGAAUAAGACCUGAAGAUGAAGAAGAGCUAGGAAAUGCCAGACCGUCUGCACCAAGCACACUGUUUGAUUUCUUGGAAUCCAAAAUGGGUACUCUAACAGUAGAGGAACCAAAACUACAAUUUCAGCCAACACAUCCAGUGCAGCACAAAGUUAUGAAUACAGAACAGAAUGGCAUCAAAGAGAAUCAUUCAAGACACAUUUCUCGCAAUGACAUGAGACAACCAAGGAAUGAGAAACCCCCUCGUUUUCAAAAGGAUUUUCAGAAUUCAAGGCAGGCUUUGGAAAGUGGUGGGUUACCAAGAAACAGAGGUCCUGAAAGGCACAGCUCUUUAGAACACUGGACAGAUGAAAAAAAUAGAAGUGACAGACAUUAUCCUAGAAAUGAUAGGUCAAAGGAUUUGGGUUAUCCCAUAACUGCUCACCAGAGUGAUAUUACUUUCAAAAAAAGGGAUAACAACAUGCAGAACAGAGUAGGAAAAGGAGUGUCUUUCACAGAAUUCAAGGAAAAUUCUGCUGCUCAAGAUGUGACAGACAACAAUAACCAGAAACGUGGGAAAAGGGAAAACCAAACACACAAUUCUGAAAAUUUUUGUGAUAGGAAGGCACGAACAAUAAGUAGUGAAGCCUUUAUGGUAAAAAGUGAGCAACAUUUUGGUGUUAAUAAUGAUUACCAAAAUCCCAGUAGGACUGAUUUUAAUGCUGUACCAAAUGGAGAUAUUGAGCAUCAUCAGAAAGGAAGACGAGCAGGACCUGUCAAAUCGUCAGGACCCACUGUGAUCCCAUCUUUUGAUGAUAAAAUGUUGUAUUACAACACUGGUCCCAAAAGGAGAACUGGGCCCAUCAAACCAGAGAAAAUACUGGAACCGUCGAGUCACAUGGAGUAUGGAAAAAGUUGGAGACCAGGAGAUGAAUGUUUUGCUCUUUAUUGGGAAGACAACAAGUUCUACCGGGCAGAAAUUGAAGCUCUUCAUUCUUCUGGGACAACUGCAGUUGUUAAGUUCAGUGAUUAUGGAAAUUAUGAAGAGGUGCUUCUCAGCAACAUCAGGCCUGUCCAUGCAGACACAUGGGAGGAGGAAGAAGAAACGUAUGAGCAAACUCUAGAAUUCCGCAGAGGAGGUGAUGGUCAGCCGCGGCGGUCCACACGGCCCACUCAACAAUUUUAUCAACCUCCUCGAGCUAGAAACUGAUUAAUAAGGAAAGAAAGGUAAAUAUAAGUUUUUUCAUUUAGAAACCUUCUUGGAGUCGGAGGGAAUACACUGGCAGCUCCCAACUUGCUGAACACUUCUUCUAGAAGAAAUUCUGGGGUUUUCCAAGCAGCAGGAUGGAACAAAGAAAGCUCAUGUGAGCAGAAGGAAUUUGGACCUGACACCACGAAAGACUUUUUUAAAGUUCUUAGUUAAAUGAAGCUGAAUACUUUUUACAUAUGAAAGAGGCAAAUUGUCAUUGCUGCCAUCAAUAAAACCACAGUGCACUAUUCUAUUCUUUGCCUUGUAUUCUUUUUACUGAGCCUCCAUUGUUAGUUAACAUAAUAAUGUAGCAUGAUUUUUUCUUAAUUUUGAACUGAUUUUACUUCUAAUAUUGCUUCUA